UGCAUGAUAUUUGGGAGGGCUGUAGUGAGCGUGAAAGUGUGCCUGGGGGAGUCUCCAUUGCCCCUAGCGGUAGACGGUAGUAUUGGCCUGUUUGAUUACUCCUAGUAUCGGACCCACAUCUUGAGCAGCGCAGUGUUGUCGAGCCUGGAAAGCGGUCAGGCGUAUGGACAGGCGGCCGUCGCUCCUUCAUCCUUCUCCGACCACCACCCGAACAGUGGACGGACUACACUGACGAGUCAUUCCAGCGCAUACACGGGCCUGCCCCCUCUUCUGCGCUCUGGUGCCUCCACUGCAGGGCCUCGUCUCCUUCAGCUUACUAAGGGGAAAGUGGGUGUUUGCUGCUCACUGGUGUUUCGGCAGCAGCGGCGGCGGCGGCGCGAAGUGUCCUCGAUGGCUGGCUGGAAGGACGGCUCGGUGCAGGAGAAGUACCGUCUGGUCGUGGUCGGAGGCGGUGGCGUCGGGAAAUCAGCCUUGACUAUCCAGUUUAUUCAGUCAUACUUUGUCACUGACUAUGAUCCUACGAUCGAAGACUCUUACACCAAGCAGUGCGUGAUUGAUGAAAGGCCGGCCAGGCUGGACAUCCUCGACACGGCUGGACAGGAAGAGUUCGGAGCCAUGAGAGAACAAUACAUGAGGACAGGGGAGGGCUUCCUGCUCGUCUUCUCAGUCACUGACAGAGGAAGCUUUGAAGAAAUCUACAAAUUCCAAAGACAGAUUCUGCGAGUCAAAGACAGAGAUGAAUUCCCCAUGAUCCUCGUAGGCAACAAGGCAGAUCUGGAGCUGCAGAGACAAGUAACCCAGGAAGAGGGCCAGCAGCUGGCCAGACAGUUAAAAGUCACAUAUAUGGAGGCUUCAGCUAAAAUUCGUAUGAACGUAGACCAGGCUUUUCACGAGCUGGUUAGGGUAAUCAGGAAAUUCCAAGAACAAGAAUGUCCACCGUCGCCGGAGCCUACGAGAAAAGAGAAAGACAAAACCGGCUGUCAUUGUGUGAUCGUCUGAGUCUGCCUUAUCACUGUUAACUCAUGCAGCUAAUCAACCUCCCCCCGCCCCCCACUCUGCCUGACAUUACAUCCUAAGUGGAUGAGUGACCUCUGCCUUCUCCAUGUGCAUGACUUCAGACAGCCUUUUCUGGGUUAACUUGGACCAGGAACUGCUGUUUCCAGGACAUCGCUAUGGGAUAACUGACAAUGCCAAAUUUUUAACACCACUCUACCUUCAGCUGCGAUCUAAUCCACACGAGAGAGUACCAACACUAAACAUUGCCUUCUUAAAUCAGCCUGACAAAUUAAAUGUUUUGUACUCUGAAGGACUCCUCUUGCCUUGUAGUGACAUUUGUACUUGCUACCGAGUUUGAAUGAAAUCUAUAUCCAGAAUGUUAAUGACAAUUCUUUAGUUUCCAGGGUCUGAACAGAGCAGAGAGAUUCUCUUACGAAGCUUUGUGUAUGUUGUGCCAUAUCCACCUUUACUCCCCAUGUGCUAAUCUGCUACUGUACAUAUGUGACAUUUGUUGUGGUUUUCAAAGUGUAUUUCUAAUGAUCUAUUAAAUCACCACAGUGCAGUGUGUGAGGUUGAGUUUGGUUUUACAUAUAAGAAACUGAAUAUGUAUGUAUAUAAAUGUAAUUCCUAGACAUCCUUUAAUGAUAUAUUGAGACAUAUUUCUGGCAUUCUGCAGUGGAUAACUUUCCCCUUUUUAUGCUUUCAGUUCAAUUGCCAAAUAUGGAUUGUCUGCUGUAUUAGAAUCCCCCCCCCCCCCCCCCCCCCAAGUCUUAUAGAUUGAAUGAUUGUAAUCAUAUUCUUGACAUACACAACGCGUCAUGUUCGCCUCAGUUUCCUCCCAAAAGGUGUAACCUCACUCGGUAAACUUGAAAAUCUCCGAAGGUGAUUAUGAACAUCUGGCUUCAACUCUGUUAAAACCAGACAUUUCCACACCUGCAUAAAAAGAUACAUAACAAUUUUGUCUCAGUGUCUGACAUUAUAGAAAUUAAGUCUAUUUUAGAUUUAGGAUUACCAAAGUUAUUUCUGUUUGCUAAAUAUCAUAAUUAUGGAACUUCAAAAAAUUCUUCUGUCUUUAAAUUGAGAAGUUUGCACAGUUUAGUGUUAGUGUUUAGAUGGAAUUGCCUUUUAAACUUGAUGAUUUGGGUGAGAAUCUUUGACAUUUUUGCAUUUUACAUUUUACACAACUGGAGUAACUGUGUCAGGUUUAUAGACCACGUUAGUUGCACCAACCUUUUCAACUUUGCACACAACCUUUCUACUAAGAACUUUGCAGUGGGUACUCUGGUUAUCGAGUUUGUUUGGCCUUUUCUCAGAAAUGUAAUGAUGAUCUUUAUAGAGAAAAACCUAAAUUUUUGUCUAAUCGGACUACACAGUCUCAAAAAACUAAGGUCUUUGUCACCCUGUUCUUGCAUAUUCAAAUUAUUUAUUUUUUUUGAUAAUAGCUUCUUCCUUGAGGGCAGCCUUUCAACUCAUUUUUGGUACAGUUUUCUUUCAACCAGCAUCUUUUGUCAGAUCAUUUUUCUGUUUGAUACACAUUUUCUUCAUCAAAGCUAAUUUAUCUAAGGAAAACGGAAAAUGUCUCCUUCCUGAGCAAGAUAGUGGUUGAACAAUCCCUUGGUGUUUAUACUUGCAUAGGAUUUUUUUUAACCAUAUAAUGAGACCUUCAGGCAUCUGAAUAUUGUAUUCACGGAUGAACCAAAUUUUGUGGAGCUCUACAAUUUCAUCCUAAUGUUGUGGAUAAUUUCUUUAAAAAUUUAUAAGGUGUCACAAGGAGAGAACUUGCCUCUUUUUAAUCAAAAUGUUGUGCAUUGAUGUGUUAGAAGCUUACAAAGCUAUGACGUCAAGCUGGACCUUCUCAUUCAAAAGGUAAUAUGUGCAUAUCAAAGCUUCUGAAUUUAAAGAAAGUAAUACAUUAUUUAAUUAUUCUGUCAUUUAGGAGGCAGAAUGAUAAAAUAAAAUGACAAGAUUUUGACUAUAAUACCAGACACUGAGAGGAAAAAAUGGUAAGUCUUUUUGUACACUGUAUGUCUGGUUUCAACUAUCAGCGGCAAACUGUGUAGCCUCAAACUGGGAUGGUUUCAGACAAAAGUGAAACUAUGUGCUCUGUACUUAACUUUUCGCUGGUAAAUCAAUGUAAAAAUCAGCAUGUUGUAAACCAAGAAAGGCUUUCAGAGCUCUGCUCAGCUCAUCAUUCCAAUCAUUCUCAUCAGUUCUGAUUGCGCUCACAUUGCUGUUGCACCUCUAACACCAUGGCGAUGUAUUUGCUUGUGCCCUCGAGUCAGUUUGUUGCUUUGAUUUUUGUCCCAAUUUGGUUUGCUGGUUGUAAAACCAGGACAAGCAGAGGUUUCGAGGUGCAUUUCGUAGGACCGGCCGUCUGCAGCAGGAUCUGGAAUCACUGAAGACACGCAACAGCGAUCCGCCUUCUCCUUUCCGCUGCUGUUCGGGCGCUCAGACGAAGUGCUGCUGUUUGUUUCACAUACCUUCAUCUUGUAUUAUAACAAGAAAAUCAGAUGGUGGGAUUAAUGAACUUGAUUAAAUAUUUCUACUCUACUUUUAUACAUUAUUUUCUUAUCAAACCGGUUGAUGAGUAUUUUUAUAUGUUUAUAAGUAAAUACAUGUUCACAGCUCAGGCUGUGUCUAUAUGUAAAGAAGAAUAUCUAACUCCCUUGGUUAUUUUUAACGUGAAAAUGAUUGCUGGCCCAAAUCUGAACAAUUGGAUGUUUCACCUAAAUGUAACCAAGGUUGGGGGUUUUUUUGCAUUUUGGGUCACAAAAUAAGUAUAUAUUUAUCUUGAGGUGUUCACCACCACUUCUGAUUGUGAAAUGUCAGGUUAAAUUUGGAGGUCAUAGAAAUGAUUGUUUAGAUCAUGCAACCUAAUGGCAUUAAGAUUUAAAUGCCCACAUCUCAUCUUGUCGCUAUUCUUAAGUGUGCAUUUGCAUCAUUCUGUUUGAUUUCACUUUCACAUUGGUGUCUUUUGCCCUGUGUCUAGCUUCUGUUGCAAAAAUAAAAUCUGUUAUUGAGCCAGAAAA